CUGGGGAAGUUACCAAUGGACUGUAGACAUUUAUCUGAGAACAGCAAGGAGCUCUCAAGCCCUAGUUCAGAGCCUGAUUCCCUGCUGCCUUCUGCCACUGGCAGUAAUUCUUGCACACCCUCCUCAGCUGGGCAGCGGGCUGGAGCAACUCCUGGAAGACCAGCAGCUGCAAAUGCCGCUCGGGAGCGCAGUCGGGUUCAAACCCUGCGCCAUGCUUUCCUAGAGCUACAGAAGACUCUGCCCUCUGUACCACCUGACACCAAGCUCUCCAAGCUGGAUGUACUGCUCCUGGCCACCACCUAUAUCGCACACCUCACCCGUAGCCUUCAGGAUGAGGAAGAGUCACCGGGAGAGGGCUUGGGUACCCUCCGAGGAGAUGGAUACCUGCACCCUGUCAAGAAAUGGCCAAUGCGAUCCAGGUUAUACAUUGGAGCUACAGGGCAGUUUUUGAAUCACUCAGCACAAGGAGAAAGUGCCAGCCAAGGAGAAACAUCAACAAAUUCACAAAUCUAA